AUGUCUCUCGCUCAGCAUGUCACCCAGGCCGAAGGCUUCGACUACGAACGUCCCACAGAGCAAGUCGAUUCAAAUGGCCAAGGCGAGCCCAUCUUCGGUACACUCAACCCGUUUAAUGCAGAGAGUAGCAACGACGAUCCGCAAUGGAGACGCUUGAGCUUUGCGCCUGUUGAGACCGUACACGCCGAGAAGCCAAUCGCAGCUUAUAAAGUCUCCAACACCAAACGAUGGGUGCAAGUAGCGACUAGCAUAGUAGCAUGCUGGCUAGCUGCUGGCAUUGUCUUUGGAUUCGCUGCCCUCAAGCCUGUUCUCAUCGCCGAAGGCGUCUACAGCGAUCUCUGCGAUACCGAUGAUCCGGGCAAGAUGGACAACGGCGAAUACAUCCCUUGCACCGAGCAAGACCUCAGGUUGAACUUGUUCUUCAUCGCCGCCUCUGUCACAGCCAAUGUUUCUUCACUAUUAGCUGGCUCUGUUCUCGAUCGCUAUGGCCGGCGGGUUUGCUGGGUCGCCUCCUGCGUUUGCCUCACUGUGGGCUGCAUCCUCAUGGCAGUUUCACGCAAGUUCACCUACUUUGACGGAUACUUCCUAGGAAACAUCAUGCUUGCCCUUGGCGGAACUUUUGUCUUUGUGUCCAGCUUCCAGCUCGCCAACGCGUUCCCAAAGUACAGUGGACACAUCAUCGCACUGGUCACUGGGGCCUUUGACGCGUCGGCUGCUGUCUUCCUCAUCUACCGUGCGGCAUAUGAAUCAACAGAUGGCGGGCUCUCAAUUGAAAAGUUCUUUUACGCCUACAUCGCCAUUCCAGUCCUAAUUCUCAUGGCCGAAUUUGCUUAUAUGCCGGUUCGGUCUUAUCACACAAUUCCUCAGCUGGAACAGAAGAUUGAGAAAGUUCAGGACGAGACGCACGAUGUACAUGAGUCCGACGAUGAGGUUGAUGAUGUUAGGCAGUUGCGCAAAGUGCGCAGUGCUCGGGCUGACCGGCGGCUGUCGAAGCUUGACCAGAUUGAAGAAGUUGCUGGUGACGCUGAGCAGCGGGAAGAGCUGGGGGUCUGGGGAGUCCUCCAUGGUGUUCCGGCUCAUGAGCAGAUCCAGAGUCCAUGGUUCAUUCUCAUACUGCUUUUGACUAUUGUUCAAAUGUUGAGGAUGAACUACUUCAUCGCAACUAUUCAUGCGCAAUAUCGAUACAUGCUGGGCUCCGACGCCGACGCCAACGACAUCAACCGUUUCUUCGACAUUGCCUUGCCUGUCGGUGGACUAGUUUCAACCCCGUUUAUUGGUGUUCUCCUCAAUAAUCUCAGCGUACCGGCAGCCUUUGGUGCCUUGACUGUCCUGAUCGUCGCCAUUGGCGUCCUCAAUUGCUUACCCUUCGCAUGGGCGGGAUAUGCUACGGUUGUUCUCUUCGUCAUCUUUCGCCCCUUGUACUACUCAGCCAUCUCGGACUACGCAACAAAAGUCUUUGGUUUCGCCACCUUCGGACGUAUCUACGGUACGAUUGUGUGCGCCUCGGGCCUAAUAAACUUCGCCCAAUCUGGCCUGGAUGCUCUUACUCACGGCCCUUUGCACGGUGAUCCCACACCUGUGAAUAUCACGCUUGGGGCAUCGGGUACCGUAAUUGGGGCUCUUCUGACGGCAUUCGUCGCCGUCAAAGGUCGCACUUUCGUCACGGAAGAGAAGCCUGAGCUGGAUGCCUUAGAAGAGAGACAGAGACUACUGUCAUCGGCAGGGCAGGACUAUGGAAGUCUGGAAUGA